ACAGUGAGCAGAGUAGACCAACGAGAGAGAUAUAAGGAAUCGAGAAGAAGUGUGAGGGCAGGUUCGAUUUCGUGACCAAAUCCUUCCCAUAUCUAUCUUUUUUCCCCUUUUCCGCUUCUCAGGGAUCUGCUGAUCAUAGUCGGGAGUUUUUCGUUGGAGGAAUGGAAAGGACGGCGCCGGAAAGCUUGCGCAACUCGCACCGCGUUGUUCGCGUACAAGCUCCGCUGGUCGAUUCUGUUUCCUGUUACUGUAAAGUAGACACUGGUUUGAAAACAGUUGUAGGGACCAGAAAGUUUGUUCCUGGAGCUAAGCUAUGUGGCCAAUCUGAAAUUGUGCCCAUGGGACCAAGACAACAUAUCACACUGAAGGAGAGAAACAAAAACCAGGGACCCCUCUUACCAGGUCUUCCUGAUGAUCUUGCUAUUGCCUGUUUGAUUCGGGUUCCUCGAGCUGAGCACCAUAACCUUCACUUAGUUUGCAAAAGAUGGAACCAACUCUUAUCUCAUAAUUACUUCUAUUCCCUCCGGAAAAAUCUUGGGAUAGCAGAGGAAUGGGUAUAUGUCAUCAGGAGAGACCGUGAUGGAAAGGUAUCUUGGAACGCCUUCGAUCCUAUCUAUCAAAUCUGGAAACCACUGCCACCCCUCCCUCCAGAUUAUUCAGAAGCGCUUGGUUUUGGUUGUGCUGUUCUUAAUGGUUGUUACCUCUACUUAUUUGGAGGUAAAGAUCCAUCAAAGGGAUCAAUGAGGCGUGUUGUUUUUUUCAAUGCUCGGACAAACAAAUGGCAUAGAGCUCCAUAUAUGCUGCGAAGACGCCAUUUUUUUGGCUCAUGUGUCGUGAACAACUGCCUUUAUGUUGCUGGUGGUGAAUGUGAAGGGAACCAAAGAAUUCUUCAUUCAGCUGAAGUAUACGAUCCUAACAAAAACAAGUGGACAUUCAUCACUGAAAUGGACACUGCUAUGGUGCCCUUUGUAGGGGUUGUUUAUGAGGGCAAAUGGUUUCUCAAAGGGAUUGACUCUCACCGCCAGGUUGUGAGUAAAGUUUACGUACCUUCUACCAACUCCUGGUCCACCAUUCAUGGUGGGUUGAUUACCGACUUGCGAAAUCCCUGCAUCUCAUUAAAUGGACGGCUUUUUACAACAGAUUGCAGAGAUGGCUGCAAGCUUAGAGUCUUUGAAUGGGCAACAGAUUCUUGGAGCAAGUUCAUUGACAGCAAAUUUCAUCUAGGAAAUUCUCAGGCCAAUGAAGCUGCAUCAUUUGUUUGUCUUGAUGGUAAGCUUGGCAUCAUCUGGAACAAUAUGAGCAUUGGUAUUGUUGAUGUUGCAAAUCCAGGAAAUAGCAUAGUGACAGCCAGUGCUCGCGAGUGGGAGGCAAUGGUAGGAAAAGGACAACUGAAGAACUUUGUAGCAAGCCUUUGGUCCUCAAUCGCAGGUCGUGGUGGGCCGAAGGGUCAUAUUCUGCACUGUCAGGUGCUUCAAGCUUGAUAGCUUUUGGAAAAAGUGGAAUAGUUCCUCGAUCAACCCAUUACUGUUACUGCAUUAUCUGGUGACUUAUAGCUUCAAGCUCUUCGCUGUCUUACAUACAUGGUUUUUCUUUGACAUCUCAUGUUUUCUAUAUUGGAUGGAUGGAGAAUGCAAUUGAACAAAAAGAUGCUUCACAUCAGACCGGAGCCAAGUAGGAAAUUUUGCAAUAUUCUACGCACUGCAUUGAAUGGAAGCAGUAUCAAGGAAACCCGCAAAGUAUGAAUUGGUGCUUGCCACUGUUUCCAUUCUUGAUUGCAGGCCAGCACUAAUAUAUCGAAUGAUGCUGUCCAGCCUAAAGUUACAAGUAUAUGCUUUGUUCUUGUGUACAUCUAGAUAUAUUCAGAUCAUAUAGAUGAAGUUCCACAUUGAAAGUUGCCCACUUGUAUUAUUCUUCUCUAUAUUGUCUUAAUUUCCUGUUUUACACUGUAGUAUCUGUUGGAAAUUUUUGGUGAGAUCCAUUGGACAUGAUCGAGUCUAGUCAGUCAUUUCAUCGUUAUGGUAACCUGGAUUGUCUCCUUUUAUUUAUCCUUCCGGGUGAUAGGAUUGCCAUCGAUGAUUAAUUGAUUGUCCAACAACUUCUAUCGAUGUCAACAAAUACUUUCAGGUGCCCUGGGUUAUGAUACAGCGGCAACAAUGUUUCAGUAGUUCUCAAACCUUUAUAGUUCCAUCUCUAA